GGAGAUUCAACUGUUGCGCUUGCCACUGCGACUUGAAGCCUUUUUUGGAUCCUUUCAUAUCUCCAGUCAGACCCAAGACACCCCCGGCGGCCCGGCUUGGAUAUGCAACACACCGACCCCUCUCAUCAUGAUUGAACCAACGGCAUCGCCGUCGCAGGCGCCGUCCUUGGGCGUUGCGCUGGUCGCACUCUUCUGCAUCUCGGUCGUCGUCCUCCUCAUCCUCCGACACUACCUCCCGCUCCGCACCACUCCCGCCUUUCUCCUUGUGCCCGUCUUCUUCGCGCUAUGGCUUCCCGCCAGCAUGGUCCUGCUGGUCCCAAUCGACCUGGCUUCCAGCGCCAUGACCGACAACAUUGACGCCCGCGGGAUAUGGCUCGACGAGCGAACCCUCAGGGUGUCGUGGAGGAUCACGUAUUGGCUCACCUUUGCCCUCACCUGGUUUAUCCUCCCCAUACUCGGCGAGUACUCGGAUUCUGGCUACCGCGAGCCGAAGGCAAAGCUCCUCGACUCUCUGCGUGCGAACGCACAGUACUAUGGCAUCGUCUUCGGAUCCGGCGCCCUCGGGCUGAUCUACGUCCUCAUAUCCUACGGUCACUUCUCCGAGUCGCUCAAGAGCACCGUCAUGGCACUCGCAUAUUGCUGGGGUUUGAUCUUGGUCAUCUACUUGAUGGGCCACGGCCUCGUUUCGAUACCUCGCCGCCUCUUCCGCAAUGCCAACAUCAGCGGCAGGCUGCGCCGGAUCCAGGCACAGGCCCCAAAGAUCUACGAGAAGAUGGAAGAUUCGAUAGUGGACGUGGAGGACCUCGAGCUGCAGGUCGCAGAGCUCAGUCGACGCAAGGGUGGUAGCGCCAGUCUGUUCCAGGACUGGAUCGAAGAGUUGGCCGACAUGACCAACCUGCCAGAGUCGCCACCUGGCCGGGCAAGCAUCCUCCGAGGAUCUGGAAACCCGAGCCCGCUCCCGAACGUCAUCACCGCAAAGUACCUUGCCGAACUCACCAGAAGGCUGGUCAGGGCGAAGCACGCUCGGUCGCGGUAUGUGAGUGAGUGGAAUCGGCUGCUGGAGGACGCGGUCAAGACCCAAGCGAUAUUGGACUCGGCAGCGUCCAAGAAGCUGGAUUUCGGCCGGGCUUCUCCCCAUGCCGGCUUCUGGGACCGACACACCAUCUUCACCCCCUAUACGCGCUAUCUGUUUCACUACCACUUCGUCCCGUACCUGCAGAUCGCCCUCGCCGCCGUCCUCUCCCUUGCCUCCGUCUGCAUCGUCUGGUCCGAGCUCGUGAAGGGUCUCUUCCCCCAACUCUCCGUCAUCCGCUACAGCGUCGUCCACCACCAGGUCGCCGGCAAAGGCCAGGUGGGCUUCGCGGGCCAAGUCAUCGCCGCCCUCUGGAUGGUCUACAUGUGCGCGGCCGCGCUCAUCUCCAUCACCGAGGUCAAAGUCUGGCGCGGCCGCGCUCUCGUGCGCCGCAACACCGCCCACGAGUCCGCCUUCUGGUACGCCAGCCAAGUUGCCCGCCUCAGCGUGCCCCUCACCUACAACUUCAUGACAUUCCUGGGGGUCAUCUACCGCGACACCGUCUUCUACGACUUCCUCGGCCAGCUCAUCAACCUCACCCCGCUCGGCAAGUGGUUCGACUACCUCUUCCCGGCUUUCAUCCUGCUCCCCGUGUGCGCCACUCUGUUCGGCCUCUACGGCAGGGUCAAGCGCGUCGUCAGCUUCGGCGUCGUCGACGCCCUGGACAACGAGGAGGAGGAGGACGACGUCGCCGAUCGGGGCAGUUCUGCCGCCUUUGGGGCGUGGCGCGAAGGCCGCGACCUCAUCGAGCGCGAGCUGAACGGCACGCUGGCCGCCGUCCGGGCGCGCCGCGCCGACGUCGUCAACAGCAGCGGCGGCGGCAACGGCCGCACCGGGCGCUCGGCCCCAGUUCUGUCUAUCCCCCGCGCCGGACAGACCCCAACCCCGUUCGGCACGUCGCCCGCCGCGGGUAGUGCCGCAACCCCCUCGCGCAGCCGGCGAGCGCAGGCGAACACCUCGACCAGGACAGUCGGCCGCGCUGAGCCCCUCCCUGCCGACGAGGGAGACGACGAGAACUUUUUCGAGGCGCUGGGCCAUCGCGUCAAGAAUACGAUUGACACGCUCGAUACCCCCAAAUGGUUGCAGGACCUCGGGCAGGGGAUCAAGAAGCCCAAGUGGAUGGGCGGUCACGAGGGGCAAAGCGGGAGUGGGAGUCACAAUGUAGGAAGAGGAGGCGGCGCGGAUAUAAGGAGGUGGUUUGGCGGUGGGAAUGACGAGGGGAGGAUAAGAUUGUAAGUUUCUUGUAAGAUUUAUUCGGCUCGGUUCACAUCUUCGUUCUGUUGUUUUUUUGGUCUCGGGUACUACUACUGCUGCUGCUGCUGAUUUUGCUUGGUUAUUUAUGGGAGAAGCAUUGGGCGGCGUUUUAGGGGUUUGUUGGUGGGGGGAGGGGCCUUGUGGAAUCAUGAGCUUUCUCCCUGGCUAGUGUCUUCUAGUAAUAUUGCUAUGGUAUGUAAUGCAACCUUUGGGGUAUGUGAUUUUGCAUUUUCCCCCCCC